GCGGAUCCGCGGAGGGGAAGUGGCACCGCGGCUUGAUUGAUGUCUAAAGACUCAUGUUACCUGAAGAAGAAGCCCAGAAGAGGAAAGAAAAGGAGUCAGGAAUGGCUGUCACUCAGGGACAGUUGACAUUCAGGGAUGUGGCCAUAGAAUUCUCUCAGGAGGAGUGGAAAUGCCUUGACUCUGCUCAGAGGGCUUUAUACAGGGACGUGAUGUUGGAGAACUACAGGAACCUGGUUUCCGUGGGAAUCUCUCAUUUUGACCUCAGUGUUAUCUCCAUGUUGGAGCAAGGGAAGGACCCCCGGGCUGUGGAGAGACAUGACAAAGUAGCAAGAAAUCCAAAUUGGCAGGAAUGGAUCAAAGGUUUGGACACAGAUAUCUCUCCUGAAUGUGUAAUGAAGGAAUUACCAUCAAAAGGGAACAAGAGUACAGGAGACGUAUUCCAAAGAAUGAUGUUGGAAAGCCAUGAAAGCCAUGACAUUGAAGACUUUUCCUUCAGGGAAGACCAGAAAAAUAUGCAUGACUUUGAAUGUCAGUGGAGAGAUUAUGAAAGAAAUUACAAAGGAGCGCCCAUGACCCUAAAAGAAAGUCUCACUGGUAGAAGAGAUCAACAUGUUAGAAGGCAUGAAGGAAAAAUGCCUGGUAAGACUCAGCGUGGGUUUAGCUUUCAGCCACACCUGCCUGAGCUGCAGCUGUCUCAGUCUGAAUGGAAAGUUUAUGAAUGUCAUCAAAUUGAGAAGUCUAUGAAAAAGGGAUUUUCAGUUUCACCAGUUCAAGGAAUUUGUUCCAGUGUCAAAACUCUCAUUUUUAAAAAGGAUGGGAAUGACUUUAUCUAUCCUUCAUUACUCUCACAAGGACAGAGAGCAAACACUUGGGAAAAACCUUACAAAUGUAAUGAAUGUGGCAAGGUUUUCAGUUGUCUUUCACACCUUGUAAGUCAUCAGGUAAUCCAUACUGGAGAAAAACGUUAUAAAUGUCAUGAAUGUGGCAAGGUCUUCAGUUAUCCUUCAAGUCUUACAAAUCAUCAGAGAGUUCAUACUGGAGAGAAACCUUACAAGUGUAAUGAAUGUGGCAAAGUCUUCACUCAAAAUUCAAAUCUUACAACGCAUCGGAGAAUUCAUACUGGAGAGAAACCUUACAAGUGUAAUGAGUGUGGCAAAGCCUUUCGUACAAAUUCAAAGCUAACAACCCAUUGCAUAAUCCAUACUGGAGAAAAACCUUUCAAAUGUGAUGAAUGUGGCAAGGUCCUCAGUAAUUCUUCAAGCCUUGCAUAUCAUCGGAGAGUUCAUACUGGAGAGAAACCUUACAAGUGUAAUGAGUGUGGCAAAGUCUUUAGUAUUAGUUCAAAUCUAAUUACUCAUCAGGCAGUUCAUACUGGAGAGAAACCUUACAAGUGUAAUGAAUGUGGCAAAGUCUUCACUCAAAAUUCAAAUCUUGCAACGCAUCGGAGAAUUCAUACUGGAGAGAAACCUUACAAGUGUAAUGAGUGCGACAAAGCCUUUCGUACACAUUCAAAGCUAACUACCCAUUGUAUAAUCCAUACUGGAGAAAAACCUUUCAAAUGUGAUGAAUGUGGCAAGGUCCUCAGUAAUUCUUCAAGCCUUGCAAAUCAUCGAAGAGUUCAUACUGGAGAGAAACCGUACAAGUGUAAUGAGUGUGGUAAAGCCUUUAGUAUUAGUUCAAAUCUAACUACUCAUCAGGCAGUUCAUACUGGAGAGAAACCUUACAAGUGUAAUGAAUGUGGCAAAGUCUUCACUCGAAAUUCACAUCUUGCAAAACAUUGGAGAAUUCAUACUGGAGAGAAACCUUACAAGUGUAAUGAGUGUGGCAAGGCCUUUCGUACAGAUUCAAAGCUAACUAUCCAUCGGGUAAUCCAUACUGGAGAAAAACCUUACAAAUGUGAUGAAUGUGGCAAGGUCUUUACUCAAAGUGCAAACCUUGCAAUUCAUCGUAGAAUUCAUACUGGAGAAAAACCUUACAAGUGCAGUGAGUGUGGCAAAGUCUUUAGUCGCAAUUCAAACCUUUCACUACAUCGAAGAAUUCAUACUGGAGAGAAACCUUGCAAGUGUAAUGAGUGUGGCAAAGCCUUUAGUUUACCAUCAACACUAUUUAGACAUCAGAUAAUCCAUACUGGAGAAAAACCUUACAAAUGUCAUGAAUGUGGCAAAGCCUUUAGUGACAUAUCAACCCUUGCCAAACAUCAGAAUAUGCACACUGGAGAAAAACCUUACAAAUGUCAUGAAUGUGGCAGGGUCUUCAGUCGAACUUCAAGCCUUACAAUUCAUCGUAGAAUCCAUACUGGAGAGAAACCGUAUAAAUGUAAUGAGUGUGGCAAAGUCUUCAAUCGAUGUUCGAGCCUUACAAGUCAUCGCAGAAUUCACACAGGAGACAAACGUUACAAGUGUAAUGAGUGCGGCAAGAUGUUCAGUCAACGUUCAAAUCUUUUAAGUCAUCAGAGAAUUCAUACUGGAGAGAAAACUCACAAAUGUAAUGAAUGUGGCAAGGCAUUCAGUCGAAUUUCACAUCUUGCAGGUCAUCAGAGAAUUCAUACUGCAGAGAAACUUUAGAGAUGUAAUGAAUGUGGCAAAGUCUUCAGUUACAGUUCACAACUUACAUGUCAUUGGAGAAUUCAUUCUGGAGAGAAGCUUUACAAGUGAAAUGAGUGUGACAAAGUCUUGAACCACAGUUUAUUCUUCACACAACAUCAGAGAAUGUAUUUUUGAGAUCAUCCUUACAAACUUUGCUUAGCCGGUGGUAAAUGUAAUUGCUCAGAGUGCUAUAGAAGAAUCAAAACAGAAGGUAUUGCACAGGUCUGGAUGGCAGACAAUCUUUUCUUCAGACCAAGAAACACACUGGGCAGCCCAUAAUUUUUAACAAUUGACAGAGAAGUACCCUCCUUCAAGUGAUAGUUUGAUAGAGAUGUAGGGUGGGCAGUUAAAACGUUGGUUGUCUAAAACUGAGGGAGAUAAAAGCAUGAAGAGCUGGCUUACACACUUGAGUGUAUGCUCUCACUCAACAUGACUGGAGCUAAAAAAAAUAUCACACUAGGUUUUCCCCUGUCCUCUGGUGGAUCUUGGGAAGGGGUUGGGAGGAGGAUGCUUGUAUAACUAUGCAAUUCUUGCCAAGGAAGGAGUAUCUUAUUCUCUUAUAGUAAUUAUACCAUUUCCCCACAUCAGGAUUUUUUUUUUUCAACCUACACUGGUACAGUGGUCUUAGGACCAGGUCUUCCAAGUAUAAGUUCUGGAAGCACAGAUGAUUUGUAAGGAAGAAACUGGUUUUAAUCCUUAUAUGUGAAUUCCUAAGGGAUUGAUGAGGGUGAGUUGUGCCUUCACCCCAUCUGGCAAAUUGCAGUUAACAGUGAAUGAGCUAUAUUGCCUGAUGGCAAAAAUAGCUCAUUAGUUCUGCUCCUAUGUAACUUUAUCCUGUGUGAAUGAGAGUGGACUGAGGAGGAGAUUCUUGCUAGACUAGUAUUGCUGCCUACAACUUAGACCAGCACAGUGGCCCAGUCUUAAUGUCCCUUUAAAGGUAAAAUAUUUGGGUAUGAAUGGAAAGAGGAAUAGUAGCUGAGGGUGAAAGAACGAAUAAGUGGGAAAUUCAAUAUUUGUACCUCAAGAGAGGCUCAGAACAAUGAAUGAUAUUGUUUCUUAGCUCAAUUAUACCUCAAGAUGCCUAAAAGGGUGAAGUUAUGCGUUUGCUGAGACCACUUCUGCUUUUGGAACCUGACAAGGUGGGAUGAAAGCCUGCAAACCUGAGUGGUCUCACGCUGGGAGACAUUUUUGUAUGAUAUGAUGAUAGGACUAAUUAUUAAUGAUUGAAUGGGAUUCUAGUAAUGCACUAGUAUCUUUCGAGUUUUAUAUUGUUUUGAUGUAAGGGAUGUUUGUUCAAACACCAUGGGUAGGCUGUGGUAAAGUAUAUAUUUUUUGUCACCCAUCCUUUGUUUCUUGACAUAUAGCUCCUAAAAUCCAUGGAAUCUCCAGAGUGAUGAGUGUCUUUAGUAUGCUAAUAAGAUGGCUUGUGGGUAGUGUUCUCUAGAUAGCUUCAGAAUUGGGAUUGGUUGCUGGAAAGACCAAGACAUGAUUAGAGGAUUGGGACUUUUAGCUCCACCCCCCCAACCUCCAAGGAGCAGAGAGGGACUGAAGGUUAGGUUGAUUACCAGUGUCCGACAAUUUAAUCAGUCUUGCCUACACAGUGGAGCUUCCCAAAAAACCCAAGAGGCCUAAGUUCAGGGAACAUCUGGAUAGCUGAAAAUGUUGGGGUUCCUGGAGAAAUAGCAUGCCCAGAGAGAGCAUAGAAGCUCUGCUCCUCUUCCUACAUAACCUCUCCCUACACAUCUGUUCAUCUGUAUCUUUUGUAAUAUCCUUUAUAAUAAACCAGUAAAUGUGUUUCCCUCA